AAGCGCGAAAAUGCAGUUUUCAGGGGGAUCAAAACGAAGAAAUAAACAACUUAAUAAUAAAAUUAACGAUGGAUCAAACUGUCAGAGGAUACAGUUGUACAAAUUACCUCCCACAGAUACAAUAUCUCUGUAUGAAUUUGAAGAUUUUGCUGUUGAAAGGUUAAAAGUUCUGAAAGCUGUGGAAACUGCUGGAGAAAAAUAUAUGAAAACAUCAGAUGAGUAUGAAACUUUUAUGCGGGAUCAACUCAGAAACACUAGAUUCAGCAAACUAACAAAGAGUGACAGAGAAGCUGAAGAUGAUGAAUUGAGAAGAAUGGAUCACAUAUCCCAUUUUAUCCUCAGAUUGGCUUACUGUAGAUCAGAGGAACUUAGACGCUGGUUUCUAACACAGGAAAUGGAUUUGUUUCGAUUUAGAUUCAAACUUACCUCAGAUGAACACAAAAAAGAAUUCCUGAAAGAAAACAAUUUAAAUUAUGAAUCGAUUUCAUCCGAGGAGAAGACUAAAUACCAGGAACAAUUAGCAGUUGUAUCUAAUAAAGCAGCUAGCUCUGUAGAGACAAUAGAAUACUUCAAGGUACAUUUUACGGAGGUGUUAGACUUGGUACAGAAGAGGAAGGUUUACCUACAUAAAGGGAAAGCAUUUGUACCAUAUACAGAAAUGAUUUCAUUGUUGAUAGGUGUAUAUAGGGCCCAUCUCUCACAAGCACUUGCUAUAACAGCAAGGGCGUUACCUCAUUUGGAAGAAGAUGAACGUUUGUUACCUAUGUUGUGUGGUCUCAGUAAACGUUACAUAGGCUCCGAUUAUAACCUGAAGAAAACUUCAGUUGGUCAAGUCACUGCAGAUAUGAUCGAGAUGCUUUCUAAGAAGUCUUUUCCGUUGUGUAUGAGCCAUCUACACACAUCUAUGCGACAGAAUCAUCAUUUAAGACAUGGAGGGCGACAACAGUAUGGUCUGUUUCUGAAAGGUAUUGGUUUGAGUCUGGAGGAGGCAAUUAAAUUCUGGAGGUCAGAGUUCACAAAACUUAUAGAUGUUGACAAGUUUGACAAGCAGUAUUUGUAUAAUAUACGACAUAACUAUGGUAAAGAAGGGAAGAGAGCUGACUAUACUCCGUACAGCUGUAUGAAGAUAAUCAUGUCUAAUGCACCAGGUCCUGGUGAUGCUCAUGGUUGCCCAUUCAAACAUACAGAUAUGGAUUUAUUGAAACAGAAACUGAAAAAUAUGGCAGUAGGAGACAGUUACUUGGAAAAGAUCAUGUCAGAAGUAAAGGCAGGACGAUAUAAUGUAGCUUGUACAAGAUAUUUUGAGGCAGCUCAUAAACUACCUGUAGAGUACCAGGCUCAAGCUUUCAGUCAUCCUAACCAGUACUUUGAAGAAAGCCAGAGAACAUUGAAUGGAGAAAACAAAACCUUAUCUAUAGGAACACCAAAAACACCUCGUUCCCAGGGGUCGUCACAGCAGUCCCAGGGAACACCAAAAUCUCAACAAUCCCAGGGAACACCAAAAUCUCAGCAAGUUAGUAGUCAGUCAACAUCACAAAAUAAUGGCCACGAGGAUAUGAUGGAUGAUGACUUUGAUAUAACCGAGGCAGAAAUGUCCAUGCAAGCUGAUAGAUAAAAGAUUGUCCUUAUAGUGUUGAAAAUAUUAGCUAUGACUCACCUUUGGGUAUUGUUCAGAAAUAUCUGUUAUAAUUGAUACUAUAAGAAAAAAGUUUUGGAUAAGUGAGAGAAAUGGUUUUUUUAAAUUUUUUUUUAUUUUUCUAAAGACACACCCAGUUAGGUAUCAUCAAAAAUUAGUGUUUGAAAAAGAGUGUAAUAGUAAUUUGUGCAAUUUUGGAUAUUUCACUGAUAAUUUUUAGCUCGACUUUUUUUUUUUUUGAAAAAAAAGUAGAGGUAUUGCUAUAGUUGCGCGGCAACUUGUACCUGGAUCAUAACCUUUUUAUUCCUUGGUGUAUUGUCUUCAUACUUGGCCACAACAACCCUUGGGACAAGACUUUUCAGUAGACCACCCUAACCUUGACCUUCAUCCAUAAUGACAUUGACCUUCAAGGUUAAAAGUCCAAAUUUUGCUUGUUCAUGCUGUUAUUGGCUGUAACUUUGUUAAUUUUGAAUGGAUUGUCUUCAAACUUGAACAUAAUAUUCUUCAAGGAUAUCCCUUAAAAAUAACCAGACAGACCUUGACCUUCACUCAUAAAUGACCUUGACUUUGAAGGUCAAAUUAUUGAAAUUUUUAUGUUUUGGCUAUUGUUGGCUGUAACUUUGUUAUUUUUGAAUGGAUUGUCUUCAAACUUGAACAUAAUAAUCUUCAAGGAUAACCCUUAAAAAUAACCCAACAGACCUUGACCUUCACUCAUUAAUGACCUUGACUUUGUUUUGGCUGUAACUGGCUGUAACUGCUAUUAUUGAAGGGAUCAACUUCAUAUUAUAACAGAACAUACUUAAGGACAAGACCUUGUUGUUUAUCGUGACUUCACAACGUGACUCCGCCACGUGUAUCUAUUUAUAGAAUUUUCUAUUUAUAGAAUUGUGUGUUUCUAUUUAUAGAAUUUUCUAUUUAUAGAAUUGCGUGUCUCUCUAUAUAUAUAUAUAAAUUAGUAUAUUUAUAUAUAAAAAAUAUAUAGAAAAAACUAAUGUGACAAGACAGAAUGAUUAAUUUUAUAAAAAGGAAACGUUAAGAUUUUGUUCAAACAUUUCUUUGUUUGCUUUUAGAGAAAGUAAAAAGUCGAGCGUUGCCCCUGCCCGGCGGUGGCUCUUGUUAUGUAUAAAAUCAGUUAAGUGUGAUUAAAUUGAUUGGUAAUUUUAUUGAAGUUUAAAAUUUGAAUUGAAUCAUUGAAGCAAUUUGUUCUUCCUAUAUGUCAGGCAAGAUUCUCUUUAUUUUGCUUCUUGUAUAUUAUUUUAUUGAGUAAGCAGUGUAAAAUUGUUUGUCUGCCAUGAAUAUAUAUGUAUAUGCUUUGUUCAGGUACUACAAUUGGGAGACAUGCUUAUAAAUAUAGUUUGCAAUAAUUUCUUGAAUGUGAAAAGUUCAAAUUAUAAACAUUUGUUUAAAUUCAUUGUGAAAUGAAUAAGUAUAUGAAAAAUUCAGUUUUUCAUAAUUAACUAACCAACGAUCAAGCUAUAAUAUUAAGUUUAUAGU